GAGCUCAAGUCGCAGACAGCAAACACCCCUCGCCUCUCCUCGCCACGAUGGCCGCCCCCACGCACAACAUGAAGUACCGCUUCCUGGGCAACACCGGCCUGCUGGUGUCCCGCCUGUCGUUCGGCAGCUGGGUGACCUUCGACACGCAGCUCGACUUCGAGAAGGCCUACAGCAUCAUGGAGCACGCGUACAAGAACGGCGUCAACUUCUUCGACAACGCCGAGGUGUACGCCAACGGCCAGUCGGAGCUCAUCAUGGGCAAGGUGGUGAAGGCCGGCAUCGAGCGCAAGCUCUGGAGCCGCGAGGACCUGGUGAUCAGCACCAAGCUCUUCUUCGGCACCAAGUCCGGCCCCAACGACGUGGGCAACAGCCGCAAGCACAUCGUGGAGGGCAUGAAGGCGUCGCUCAAGCGCUUCGACCUGGACUACGUCGACCUGGUCUUCUGCCACCGCCCCGACCCGUCCACGCCCAUCGAGGAGACCGUGCGCGCCAUGAACUUCGUCAUCGAGCAGGGCUGGGCCUUCUACUGGGGCACCAGUGAGUGGUGCGCCAAGGACAUCAUCGAGGCCUGUGAGAUUGCCGACCGCCUCGGCCUGAUCCGCCCCGUGUACGACCAGCCGCAGUACCACAUCCUCGAGCGGUCGCGCGUCGAGUACGACUUCGACGUGCUGUACAAGAAGUACAACUACGGCCUCACCACGUGGUCGCCGCUGGCGUCCGGUGUUCUCACGGGCAAGUACAGCAAGGGCAUCCCGGAGGGCUCGCGUCUGUCGAUGCCGUCGUACAAGCAGAUGCUGUCGAACGGCCUCGAGGAGAAGAUUGCCAAGGCGGACAAGCUCGCCGAGGUGGCCAAGGAGGUGGGCUGCUCGCUGGCGCAGCUGUCGAUCGCCUGGGUGGCCGCCAACCCGCAUGUGUCUACGGUGAUCCUUGGUGCCACGAGCAUCAAGCAGCUGGACGAGAACCUCAAGGCUCUUGAGUACGUGGACAAGAUCACGCCCGAGGUCCGCGGGAAGAUCGACGCUAUCGCUGACUUCCGACCCAAGGUUGUGCCCCAGGCUGAGCCGUUCGUGAUUAACCUGCGCCAGAAGUGGCUGUAA